AUGAGUCACCCUGCCGCUCCACAAAUAACCAAAACCUACGCCCGAGUCCAGACGUAUCCGAUCGCCGCCUCGUGGAUCCGCAUCGGUGGCCACUUCCCGCUGCCCCACGUGCUGCGGCCACGCCUGUACGCCCUGGCGUAUUCGCCAGCGUUCAAGGACUACACAGAGGUCCUGGACUCGUAUUUUGACCACUGGCUCGAGGACGUCGAGAACACCGUUCCCGAGAUCAAGACCCUGAGAAUGCGUGACAUCAGAGACUCGCUGACCCGGCCCGUCGUGGACGCCUCGCUGUUCGUGGACAGAAACAUGCACGCUCUGUCGGUUGCAAUGAACCAGCGCGUUCUCGAGCCCGCCAGAAAAACCGCCGGCGACAUCAGAAAGGCGUACGCCCCGAUGUACGAUACACAGGGCCGGGCGCUGCUGCGGUCGCAGCUGGACCCAGUGUUCAAGCCGCUGAACGAGCGACUGGCCCGACUUGUUGGCGAUGACGCGGAAACAGAGUAUUCGAGCGAGCUCUCGCACAGCCUCAGACUGCUGAACGGUGUGGCUGAGCAGACGAGGCCCCGGAUAGCCAACAGCGUUGUGAGAGGCAGACAGCUGCCAAGCCAGGUUACCAGCCACCUCAACGAGGUGUACCAGACCAACAAGUCGAAGCGCGGCGAGGGCAGGCUGAUUGUGAUGAUCGCGUCGAUGGACACGGUGCGCGACCUGCUCAACGAGGGUUACAACGUGGUCAGUACGGGCCAGGAGCCAGAGCAGGAGCAGCCGGAGCCAGAGCAGCCAGAGCAGCCAGAGCAACAUUAA